UUAGCUAUGAGAGUAUUCUGAAGACAGAAUCUGCUGCUGCAAAAAAAUAAAUGUUCCUCGAUUAAAAUGAACAUUCACGAUCUCAUAUUUGUUGAGAAAAAUGAAUUUAUACAGGUGAUUUCAAGAUCUCCAGAUCUUUAAUCCUAUGUUUCCCUUCUUGGUCAAUGAUAACCACAUGAUGGUGCAAUGUCGUCAGCAUGAACCCGGUUCGCUGUUGGGGGUGCUCCGAUCCGACCGGGCCAAAUCGGAUGACGUCACGAGGGAUAUCUUGACGUCAGCUAAUGAAUGAGGCGGGUCGGGUGGUGACGAGAACGCAGAACGCUGUCGGAGGGAAGACAGCGAACUCCACUCGGUCCGUUCGAUCCCCAGCAGAAGCAGUCAACGAGCAUAUACUCGUAUCAUACACCAGAAGCCAUCGUGGCGACGACAACCAUCGCCCCGACGUGAACGACCGCCUCAACAAAGGAGGCCUAAACACGGGCGACACCUUAGUUUAGAUACGCACAGAGAGAGGAUCCUUAAAACGGAGAACAAGUGACAGCUCGAAGGAGGAAGAGGAGCGGUGGAGGGAGGGAGGGAGAGGGGGAAGCUGCUGCGGCUUCAAUAAGGACGCGAUCCGCACCCCACCCCCCCCGGCACCCCGCCAUUCGUCCAGGAACAAGCACCGGACUCCCGCUGCUUCGCCGCCGCGCACCAGGUUUGCGGACAAGAGUCACCUAACAAAAGGAUAUAGUAGACCGAGAGGAGGAGAAAGCAAGAACAUGGAGGGGAGGAGGAAGUGGACUUCUGCCCUCAAGAAAGCGUUGAUCCCCAGCUGCUGUCGAGACUAUGGUAAGUCCAAGCGUUCAUCUCGGGCUGCAACGGAGGUCGGUCGGUCGACAAUAAGUGAGGCGACCGCUGCCACCAAGAUCCAGGCUGCUUUCCGAGGAUUCCUGGCGAGGAGAGCAAUGGGAACUCUGAAAAGACUGAUCAGGCUAAAGAACUUAAUCGAUGGAAGCGCCGUCGGGUCUCAGACCGCAAACAUGGUGCGCCGGUUGCAAGCCAUGGCGGUGGUUCAGGCACAGGUACGUUCCAGGAGGAUGAGGAUGGCCGAGGACCACCAGGCUCUGCUGCGGCAGCUGCAACUCAAACAAGAAAGAGAGCAGCAGAAAGCGAAGAUCGGAGAGUGGAAUGAUAGUCCUCGAUCCAAAGAGCAAAUCGAGGCAAAGCUACUCGACAGGCAGGAGGCUGCCACGAGAAGAGAGAGGGCAUUAGCCUACGCAUUUGCCCGCCAGGGAAAGAGCUCUUCCAAAUCCCCGACUCCGAUGUUUAUCGACGUGAACAAUCUGCAAUGGGGUUGGAGCUUGUCGGAGCGAUUGACGGCGGCAGGGCCGCAGGAGAAGCACGGCCACGACGCUGUGAAGCCGAAGAGGAUCCUGUCGGCAGCUCAAAGACCAAGCCAGGCGCCGGUAACCCCGCGCUCUAACCCGGCAUCAAAGGCAUCAGUGAACCCAAGCAAGAGUAAGCCGAGUCCCAGAAACGAGUCGCCCGUGACGCCACGCUCCAAGCUGGCGUCGGUGGCGAGCAAGAAGACACCGGUGAGCCCGGGAACCGGCGCGUGGUCCGCGGACGACGGGUCGAGUAUCAGGAGCAGGCACCGGGUCACGAGGUCAUCGGUGAGCGACGACAGCAGCCUGUCGAGCGCGCUGUCUGUUGCGAGCUACACCCCGUCGACGGCGUCGACGAAAGCCAGGUCUCGGUUCCACAGCCCGCAAAGCGACGUCGCUGAAGGUUCUCAGAAGGGGUCUGUCGGGUCGGGGAAGAAGCGUCUCCCUUCUCCUGCGGCAGGGAAGAACAAGAAGAACAACGGAUCGUCUCAUGCAAGGAGGACCAAGUGAGGUCUUGAUCGUAAUGCACUGGUGCAGCGAAGCCGCAACUUGCACUAGCUAUUGAAUCCAAGCAAGGGGUUGUUCUCGACAGAGACACAGCGAGGUUGCUUUCAAGUACAAAGAAUUGUUGUUUGUUU